AUGCUGCUCUCUCCGUCCCGUCUUCGCGGGCUCGGAUCCCGCGUCCCACCCUGCUCUUCCUUCCGCCCUUUUACGGCCGCCGCCGCCGCCGCCGCCUCGCCAACCUCCAAACCCCAAGUCUACCUCUCCCGCUCCCGCAACCCCUAUCUCAACCUCUCCGUCGAGCACCACCUGCUCCAGACCACACCCCCCGACUCGACCGUCCUUUUCCUCUACACCAACCGCCCCUGCGUCGUCAUAGGUCGCAACCAGAAUCCCUGGCUAGAGGUCAACCUCCCCUUGCUCUCCUCGCUCACCGCCCGCACGAAGCCCGGCGACCAUGAACCGGCCCCCACGACCAUCGACCUCGUGAGGCGCCGCUCGGGAGGCGGCACGGUCUUCCACGACCCGGGGAACGUCAACUACAGCGUCAUCUGCCCGCCCGAGUCGUUCGACCGCGACAAGCACGCCGAGAUGGUGGUGCGCGCGCUGCGGGGGCUGGGCGUCCCAGGAGCGCGCGUCAACGCCCGGCACGACAUUGUCGUGGACGUGGACGUGGACGUGGACGUCAGUGAAAGCGACGGUAACCAUGGGGCAAACACGUUCAAGAUCUCCGGCUCCGCUUACAAGCUCACCCGCCUCCGCAGCCUCCACCACGGGACCUGUCUCCUGUCCUCGCCAAACUUGGGGUCCAUCGGGCCCCUCUUGCGCUCGCCCGCGGAACCUUUUAUCAAGGCUCGCGGCGUGGAGAGCGUGCGGUCCCCCGUGCGCAAUGUCGGCGUCGGGAACGGGGAGUUCGAGGACGCUGUCGUGGCUGAGUUUGCGAAGAUGUACGGCGACCCCGACGUGUUCUGCGAGGUGGGCGACGAAGCCGGGGCUGUGGAUGGAGUUGAGAAGGGGAUGAAAGAGUUGUUGUCGAGGGAUUGGAUUUACGGACAAACGCCGCUGUUCAGCUUCUCAACCUACCCGACCGAGGACGAUCCGAGAGAGAGGCCCUCAUUGCCUAGUGAUUUCCAUCUCAGCUUCGAGGCGCGCCAUGGCCAACUGAGCAAGUUCACCUUUGUGAACGCGUCUUCCGCUGGACAUGUCGAUAUCCCUUCUUCGUCGUCAUCCUCGCCGUUGGACGGAUCCCGGAUCUACGACGUCGAGGACUGGACAGACGCUCUCCGUUCAUACGGCGGCACCGUAAAUUCGCAGGCCGAGACUGCCGGCCGUUGGUUGAACGGCCUAUUCGGGACAGGACAUGCAAAGACCCAGCUACGAUAG